CAUUAUUUAGUUCACAUCCUCAACUCUCUCGUCAGACACUCAUUAGUAUUAUUGUAGUAAGAUGGACAACAACAUCGUUAACCAGCCACUUCUCUCCACAAAUGACUCCGACCAGACCCCACCGAAUCAUUCUCUCCGGCGAUCAGACCACUCCUCCAGCUUCAUUGCCGACGCCGCCGACAUCCCGAAAAUCACGGGGAUCAAAGAAUUCUACGUGCAGUUCGUUGUCGAAUCUCGAAAACUAUGGUACCUUGCUGGUCCGGCCAUUUUUACUAGCUUGUGUCAGUAUUCGCUUGGUGCCAUCACGCAGACUUUUGCUGGCCAGGUUGGAACCCUCGACCUCGCGGCGUUUUCGGUUGAGAAUUCGGUCAUCGCUGGUUUCUCGUUCGGCACUCUGCUGGGAAUGGGGAGUGCAUUAGAGACAUUAUGUGGACAAGCCUAUGGAGCUGGACAAAUCAGCAUGCUUGGUGUUUACAUGCAAAGAUCAUGGGUGAUUCUCAAUUCCACUGCGUUUCUCCUCAUGUUCCUGUACAUUUUCGCGGCACGGAUUUUAAGACUUAUUGGACAAACAGAGGAUAUAUCUCGAGAAGCUGGGAAAGUGGCGGUUUGGAUGAUCCCUCAGCUCUAUGCCUACGCGAUUUAUUUUCCCAUCUCGAAGUUUUUGCAGUCACAGAGCAAGAUUAUGGUGAUGGCUUAUAUAGCCGGUGUGGCAUUGGUGCUGCACACUAUAUUGAGCUGGCUGUUUAUGAUGAAGCUAGGGUGGGGGCUUGCUGCUGGCACCGCGGUGCUGGACUUUUCGUGGUGGUUCAUAGUGGGGGCACAGAUGAUUUACAUUUUUAUGGGGUAUUGUGGAGAAGCUUGGAGUGGAUUUUCAUGGAGGGCUUUUGAGAAUUUGUGGGGAUUUGUUAAGUUGUCAGUUGCUUCAGCUGUAAUGCUCUGCUUAGAAACAUGGUACUUUAUGGCAUUGAUACUGUUUGCUGGAUAUUUGAAGAACGCUGAAAUUGCUGUUGAUGCACUCUCCGUUUGCAUGAAUCUAGUGGGCUGGACAAUCAUGGCAGCUAUCGGAUGUAAUUCAGCUAUAAGUGUAAGGGUUUCAAAUGAGCUAGGAGCGAGGCAUCCAAGAACUGCAAAAUUUUCAGUAGUGGUGGUGGUGAUAUCUUCAUUUCUUAUAGGACUUUUCAUCUCCAUCAUUCUUAUCAUAUUCAGGAAGCAGUAUCCUGCCGUUUUCUCUAGCAGUGAGGAAGUCCAGAAAGUUGUUUACAGCUUAACGCCAUUGCUAGCAGCUUGCAUUGUCAUCAACAAUAUUCAACCAGCUCUCUCCGGUGUGGCUAUAGGAGCAGGAUGGCAAGCAAUAGUUGCUUAUGUGAAUAUUGGGUGCUACUACAUAUUUGGAAUUCCGCUGGGACUGACUUUGGGUUAUAUCCUCAACAUGGGUGUCACCGGUAUUUGGAUAGGAAUGCUCACCGGGACAGUGGUACAAACCCUUGUUUUGUUUCUCAUAGUAUAUAGAACCAACUGGAAUAAAGAGUCAUCUAUUGCUGGAGAAAGAAUCAGAGAAUGGGGAGGGGAAUCUAAAGAUGACAAGAUCACGGAUCUAAUUAGGAAAGCUCCAACAGUGCCCAGUGCUAAAGCUUGGACAAUAGCUACAGAGAGUAUUUUGCUUAGAGGAAAGGCUAUAAAAGAGAUUCCAGUAACACCGAUGAAAACCCCAAUUGGUGCUGCAGCAGCAGCUGCUUGUCCCGGAUUUGGAGCACUGCAACUAACUGUUAUUGAGUAUAAGACUCAGAGAAAAGAACGGUGGUCUGUACUUGGACUGAUCAAAAUGAGAGCUGUGGAUCAAGAAAGCUCUUGGCUUGACAGUGUUUCGAGUCGAAGAAAGGCAAUAAUGCAGAGCGACCAGGUUGUAUGGCAAGUUAUCAGACACAAUCACUGCAGUUUCAUGUCCAAAAUUGAAACUGCAAUAUUUUGUCGAAAUCCGUAUAAUGUCACUGGGACCUGUAACAGAAGCUCCUGCCCUCUUGCCAAUAGUCGAUACGCCACCGUUCGUGAUCAUGAUGGAGUGUUCUAUCUGUACAUGAAAACAGCUGAAAGGGCGCAUAUGCCCAAUAAGUUAUGGGAAAGAGUUAAAUUGCCUAGAAAUUAUGAAAAAGCCCUUGAGAUUAUUGACAAACAUCUGAUGUAUUGGCCCAAGUUUCUUGUACACAAGACAAAGCAGCGGUUGACUAAAUUGACUCAAAUGAGGAUACGCAUGAGGAAGCUUGCAUUGAAAACAAGGGAGAAGAUAAUGACUAUUCCUAAGAAAGUGGAAACGAGAGACCGUAGGAGGAUGGAGAAGGCUGAGAAAGCAGCAAUGGUGGACAAGAGCAUUGAAAAUGAAUUGCUUAAACGUCUGGAGAAAGGCGUCUAUGGGGAUAUAUACAGUCAUGUUAAAGAAUACAAUAAGCUUCCCGAUGACAUUGAAGUGAAGGAUGUUGAUAUUGAACAUGAAGAAGAUGAUGAGGUUGAGAUUGAAUAUGUUGAAGGCUAUGAAGAACUUGAAGAGGAGGACGAUAUGGAAGAUUUUGGCGGACUUGCAAUAGGACAGGGUGCUGCAGAUGAUGAUAAUGAUGGAUCAGACGAAGAUGAUGAAUUGAUAGUUGCAAUGAAUCGGAAAAGAGAGAGAAAAGACUCAGCUUUUGGUGGAAAAAGGCUUGAUAGUCAUGGACCUAAUGUCAAAUCAAAGAAGAAAUCAAGAGUACUCGUGGAGGUUGAGCAUGACCUUACUGAUGAAAGACAAAUUAGCCAUCACGUAAGGUCUCAUCGGAAUCUAGUCAGGUAGACAGACUACUGGGGGAAUAUGUUUUUGCCGCGAAUUUGGAAUAAAGUUUUGAAAAAGAAGCCUGGCAAAAGUAGAUGCU